AUGACCAAUACCACACCGAAUUUGCAGGAAUACCUCACCUUAGCUGCUAAUCAAGUGAAAGAGCUCGGAGAGACUCUGAACCAAUACCACACCAGCGUUGAUUUGGUUCCAAAUGCUGAGUCAGCUCUUUUGCGGUAUGAUCAGAGCAUUCAAUCCAGGGCAGAAGCAGUAGCAGCUGGCAAGAGUUAUGUUGAUAAUUUUGAGCAAGCUCAGAUGGACAUCGCUAGGCUGGAGCAAGAGCUAGAGACUGCCAGGGUCAGAAGAGAUGAAGUCCUCAUGAAGAUUAACGAAAAUCUGGAUAAGGCCAAGGCUGCAGACACCACUGUCCGAACCCUGAAAGAUCAACUUCCUGUCUACAGAACUUCUCUUCAUCGCCUACCACACUUGCUUAGGGUGGCUGCUAGCCAACAUGAAGGCUGUGUAGCUAUCCUAAGGGAUAUAGCUAGGUAUUAA